AUGUAUAUAACUCUAGCUAAUUUGAAGGAGUUUAUCAAAAAGGAGUACGAGAUACGUUUCGAAAAGUCAACAUACCAUAAGAAGAAGGGUAAUUGUUAUAGAUGCGACAGAGUUGGAGGAAUAAGAAGACACUUUGAGACUACAUCGGUAUGUUUGGAUAAAUACAAAAUCAAAUGUGACAGAGCAAUCACAUGUUUAUCAAAAUCAGUUCUAGCAUCACAUACAUCAUCAAAUACAAAUGGAGAUACAGAAGCUAAUACAAAUACAAAUACAAAUACAAAUACAAAUACAAAUUCAAAUUCAAAUACAAAUACAAAUUCAAAUACAAAUACAAAUUCAGAUUCAGGUUUAGUUUUACAACUUACCGCAGAAGGAACAUCAAUUUCAGCUAAUUUAAGUUUUAAUCCACAACAUCUCGAUGAAAAAUCAUUUUUGAAAUUUUUAGGUAAUUUUGGAAGCAUUUUGGAAUUGAUUGAACAUUAUUUAGGUCCUACUGAAUAUCCACCAGGAUUUGAAAAAUGUAAAAGCUGUGAACUUAUAAUUUUGAGUAAAACUAUGGCCAAUCAUGUUGCUAGUAGAUGUACAGAAGGUACGCAAUUGGUUCCAAAUUGCGAGGCUGAAAUAGCUGGUUCGAAGAAUGCAUUACUCAGACACAACAAGACUUGCACGACUUGUAACCCUGGUGAUCUUCCCUGCCCGUUAUGCAAUCGCAAGUUCAACAACUCUGGUUUGACUAGACAUUACCACAGAAAGCAUCCAGAUAAAAUAAUACCAGGUAAAAUAACAGCAGCUAUUAAUUUAGAAGCCGAAGACUUGAAGUCUUACGUUGAAGCUGCUUCAAGAGAUGAUGGUGAAAAUGCAGCUUUCUUAACAGCAAACACUGAAGAACUUGAAUGUUGUUCAUGUAAAAAAAUUUUCAAAGAUUUACCUGGGUUUGUAGAUCAUUUGUCGAAUUCAAUGUGUAUUACACAGUACUCAACAAGUUUAAAAAACUUAAUCAAAAAUGUUGUUAAAGGAGAAAAAUUUUUCAAUUUAAUCAAAACAAAUCCUUCAAAAACUAAUAUAUGUGGAUUCAAAAAUUGUUCAUAUGUUCAAGCAGAAAAAACAGCAUUUGAAAAGCAUUUAAAAAAUAAACAUGGCUGUACCUUUAAAGAAAAUCCCACAAAAGUUCUUGAAACAAAAUUCUGUCAAUAUUGUUUGGAUGAAUUUGAUAAUAAGUAUGACUAUUGUCAACAUAUCAAUUCUGGUUAUUGCUCCAAACGUGUGGUGAGAAUCAAUAGAUUAAUUGCGGGAUACAAGUCCUAUGCUGAAUUUAUUAAUGUACAUGGCACAGAAACACAAAAGGUACCUGGAUUUCCUAGCUUUAAAUUCACACAUUCAAAUGCUGCAGAUACAGUAAUCAAUGUUGUAACAUUGAACAUAAAUAAUGUUCAACUCCCCCAUAAAAUUCAUCACUCCUUAUUGGUUGGAGAUAUUUUAAGUUUACAGGAAUUGAAUGAUUUAUCAAGAGAACAUUUCAAAAAAGCAGAUAAAUUUACAGGACCUAUUGGAGAUAAAGUUGCUCUUUUAGUUAAGAAAAGUAUUAAUCCUACAAUUACUAACAUAAACAUAUUUCAAAAACUUUUAACUGAGAAAGACCAAAAGAGAAUAGUUGAUUGCACAGUCCAAGUAGGACUGAUUAAAGUUCAUAUGAUAAGUGGUUACUUUCCAGCCAGUAAAGAAGAUAAGGAAAAAUUGAAUUUUUGGAAAAGAUUUAUUAAAAUUUUCAAAAAAUUUAAAAAUGAAAAUCCCACAAAAAAAGUUUUAUUAAUUGGGGACUUAAAUUCAAUAUUGGUAGAAGAAGACAGACUUGCACCUGUCAAAACUAAAGGUGCACAUGAAGCUAUUGCUAUGAAGUUUUGUCGGGAAAAUUUUACAAAUAUCAAGAGAGAAAUUUAUGAUGGUACAUUAAUCAGCAAUAUUGCUUCAGGUAAUAAUCAGAAUAUUGAUCAUUAUUUGACUGAUAGUCUAGAAUUAUUAUUAAGAACUUGUGGAUUAGAAAUUGAAAAAUAUCCAUUUUCCACACAUUUUAUUAAUAAAUGGUAUAUUCAAACCGGGAGUCACUUUAACUCGGUUUAUCAAAAUUUGAAAAAUGAAUCUAUAACAUCACAGCUUCCUGGAAUGUUAUAUAAAAUAGCUUAUAACAGAAGAAGAAUUACACAAGCUGAAGGAGCAAUUGACGAAGAAUAUUAUAGAUUAGCUUGGGAUGAAUAUGAAAAACUCAAAUCUAAUCAACUGAAUCCUGCAAACCAAUCAAUAACUCAAGUCAUCAACCAAUCUAGUGAAACUACCAAUGAAUCAAGAGAAGUGAAUAGUGAAUCAACGAUGACAACAACAAAUGCUGCAAAAUCAAUAUCAAAUAUAAAAGAUGUUGGACCUGUUGCUAAUGGAAUUGGUCAAACUGUUAAUGAAUCAAGAGAAGUGAAUAGUGAAUCAACGAUGACAACAACAAAUGCUGCAAAAUCAAUAUCAAAUAUAAAAGAUGUUGGACCUGUUGCUAAUGGAAUUGGUCAAACUGUUAAUGAAUCAAGAGAAGUGAAUAGUGAAUCAACGAUGACAACAACAAAUGCUGCAAAAUCAAUAUCAAAUAUAAAAAAUAAAAGUGUCAAAAGUAGAAAGAAUCAUGACAUAAUCAGUUUAUUUAUGAGAAAAAAACGCCAACCCGUUCAAAAUCUUGAUGUGUUAAAUACUACAGAAAUAACAAAUGAAAAUGAUUCAACAACAACAGCAGCAACACAUACUAUUGAUAAAAAAGAAAAUGAAAGUGGCAGAAAUAAAAGAGCUAGUGAAGAAAUUAGUCCAAUUGAUAGAAAAAAGCGCCAACGCAUUGAAAAACCUGAUGAACAAAACACAAGUACAACAACUUCAGCAGGGAUUGAUACAGAUGAAGCUGAAGAAGAUAAUGGUUUUAACACAAUUGAUAAUGAUGAUGAAGAUUUUUUAUCAGAAGAUGAUAAAUUUUUUGCCAAUUAUAGCACAAAUGAAAUUGGUUCCAAAAUGAAAAAGAUAAGUACUACCUUUCCAAUACCCAUAUUUGAAGAUGGAGCAAAAAGAAAUAAUAAAAGGAAUGUUGAUGAUGAAUAUGUAACCAAUGGUUCAAAUUAUAUUUUCAAUUUAGAAGGAAAUUAUAAAUUGCAAACGGUUAGAACGAAUAAUCAUGGUUCUUCAUCCGUAUCAGAAGGGGUAAUUGGAUCUGCUGAAGCUACUGUUGAUAAAAUAAUUUUGGAAGAUCCAAUUAAUUUAUAA